AUGGGCCGCAAGUAUCGUAACCCGCUCACCAAUCCACUACACUAUGCCACGCCUCAACUACACACCGGACCUCCAGCCACAUACGCUGCUGCCCAGCGAGGUCUUACUAGCUAUGACUACGUAAUCAUCGGCGCCGGCGCAGCAGGCUGCGUCCUAGCCAACAAACUCUCCUCAGACAAAAACGUCUCAGUCCUCCUCCUCGAAGCCGGCGGCGACAACACAAAAGUCUUCGAAUCCAAAGUCCCCAUCCUCUUCUCCAAACUCUUCCACACCAAACAUGACUGGGACUAUUACACCGUCGAACAGCCCCAACUAGCAAACCGCUCCCUCUACUGGCCCCGAGGCAAAAUCCUCGGCGGUUCCUCCUCCCUCAACGCAAUGAUGUACCACCACUGCUCGAAAUCCGACUUUGACGAAUGGGCUGCUACACAUGGCUGCGAGGGAUGGAGCUAUUCAGAUCUGGCCCCAUUCUUGCGAGGAAUGGAGCGGUUUACUCCCCACCCUGGGCGGCCCGCGAUCGAUCCCCAGCAUCGCGGGUCCACUGGGCAGUGGCAGACGGGGUAUUCGUGGUUAUCUGAGAUUGUCGAGAAGGGCUUCUUGCCUGCUUGUCAAGACGUGCAGAUCCCGGCUAUUGAGGAUGUGAAUACCCAACAGGGUAGUCUGGGUGUGACAAGGUUCCAGACUUUUAUCGAUACGAAGGGUCAGCGGUCGUCGCUGGCUACGGCUUUCCUGACGCCAGAAGUAUUAGCGCGGCCCAAUUUAUAUGUUGCGUGCAAUGUCCGUGUUACCCGUGUGCUGUUUGAUCAACUCACGACUAAGGAGCCGACGGCCAUUGGAGUCGAGUUCCAGACUAGUCGUGGUGGUGAGCGCUUCGAGGUCCACGCAAGACGGGAGGUUAUCCUCUCCGGGGGAGCAGUUAAUACACCGCAGACGCUAUUGCUGAGUGGUAUCGGUCCAGCUGAAACACUGAAAGCUCAUGGUAUCCCAACUAUCAGAGAGAAUGAGGCGGUUGGUCGCAAUCUGAAAGACCAUCUAUGCACGACGCCGGUCAUCGUCAAGGCCAAGGACGGCGUCACACUGGACUACCUGGCCAACGAAAUCAAGGCCCUUCCAGCACUGGCUCGCUGGUUAUUGACCGGUGGUGGUCCUCUGUCCAGUAACGUCGGCGAGGCAGCUGCUUUUAUUCGAUCCACCGACUAUCAAUUCCCGCAGACAGUGAAUGCCCCGAAUGAUUUCACCUCUGGUAAAAACGCACCAGACCUCGAAAUCAUCGGCGCCCCACUAGCAUUCAUCCACCACGGCGAAGAAAAGCCAAUCGACAACAGCAGCGUCUUCAGCAUCGUUCCCAUCGGUCUUCGCCCACAAAGUCACGGCACAGUAUCAAUCAAGAGCCGAGACGUCUUUGAUGCGCCAAUAAUUGACCCAAAAUACCUCACCGACAAAACCAACAACGACCGCAACGUCCUCCUAAUCGGCCUGCGCGUCUGCCUAAAACUCCUCCAAAGCCCCUCCUUCAAAAACUACUUCGAACCCAUCCCCCCAAACGACGACCCGACCUCUUACUGGUGGCCCUACUCCAGCAGCGACGUCGACAAAAUCACCGACGAGCAACUGCUGCGCUUCAUGGAUGAAAAGGCGUUUACUUUGUACCACCCCGUGGGGUCAGCGCGCAUGGGUCCCUCGCCGGGGACGAGUGUGGUUGAUCUGGAGUGUCGGGUGCAUGGGGUUAAGUGUUUGCGUGUUAUGGAUGCGAGUGUGUUUCCGGAACAGAUUAGUGGGCAUCCGACGGCGCCUAUUGCUGCUAUGGCGGCGAAGUUGAGUAAGAUGAUUAGUGAGGGGGUGCGGUUGGAAGUCCUGUUGGGGCGAAUUUGUGAGGGUUAG